AAAGGGCCUAUUACCGCCGAGUAAUACGGUAACAGCAGGAGAUUACGGUACUAGCCGGGGCUACUGACUGUGUUACGUCAGCGAGAGCCGCAAAGUUCCUUGCCAGUCUUUGCUGAUGUAGGGGAGCUGAAUAUUAAAAGGGUGAAGGUGGAGUUACUGCUUGCCUGUAUUUCCCCCCUCCCCUUUUUCUGUUUUCUUUAUUGUUAAAAUCUCCAGGUAAAGCGUCUGUGAGCCAGGACCUUAAAGACGUCUCUGGUAGAGGGGUGAGUCAGCGGGUGCAAAACGACCGGGAACUGUUUGGUGGGAGAGACGGUCCCCUCUCCCCGCAGGGAGGAGGCGGCGGAGUUGCUCCGGGGACCGCGGGCCGCCCCACUUCUCGCCGCGCGCGCGCCAGUGGCUCUGCAUCCGCGCUCCAGCGUAUUUAUCGCUCCGCGGUAAGGGGAAACGGAUUUCUGCAGUUGCUUGCGUUCUGUUAUCACCUGUGAGCUCUAGAACUUGGGAUUUUCACAGAAGCCUUUGCUGAGGGAAUCCCGCCUCCGGGCCCAUCCUCAAGGACAACGCUGGCAAACUACGCUCUGCAGCCAUCUCGCUCUUGGUGAACAUUUCACAUCCGCGUUUCCCCUCGGCCUGCGCGAUCUAUCAUGAAUCCAGCCACACCGAGUGUAACUGCGGGUGGGGAGAAGCGCCCAGAUGCCAACGGUCCCCGCCUUUGAGAGUCGACGGCAGACCAGUACUUGCUUGUGGUUUGUGGGGGGAGACUGGAGUUUUGAAUUCCAAUUAUGUGCAGAAUGCUCAAGCUUCUCACCCGGACGGAGCGGACAGUGCAGGAAAGGGGACUCCCAUAAUUCUGGGAUUGCAUUUUGCAUCGCGUCUUCCUAAGUUCCGUGCUAAGGCUCAGAUAGGGAGGGAGCCGGGGCCCCGGGCCAGCGCUGCGGGUGGAGAGGGUCGGCUGGCAGCUCCGCGAGCCCCUGGCCAUGUCGCCUGUAAAGCCCUACCCCUUUGCGUGGCCUACUGAGGGUUUCCCGGGCUGGCCGGGGUUGCUUCCUCGCUGCACUUUCUCUCUUACCCCCAGACAACCCCAGCAGACAAGGCUCCUGGGAGCCGAGAGCUUUUGACUCCCCGCUCCCUUGCUCUCGUCUUCCGCUGCUGCCAGGGGUGGCCUUCAAGAGCCGGACUUUGCCGGCCCCGGCCCCCGGGGGCUGGGACCAUGGUGUUUCUCUCCGGAAAUGCCUCCGACAGCUCCAACUGCACCCACCCGCCGCCACCGGUGAACAUUUCCAAGGCCAUUCUGCUCGGGGUGAUCUUGGGGGGCCUCAUCCUUUUCGGGGUGCUGGGGAACAUCCUCGUGAUCCUUUCCGUGGCCUGCCACCGGCACCUGCACUCGGUCACACACUACUACAUCGUCAACCUGGCGGUGGCCGACCUUCUCCUCACUUCCACGGUGCUGCCCUUCUCCGCUAUCUUCGAGAUCUUGGGCUACUGGGCCUUCGGCAGGGUCUUCUGCAAUGUCUGGGCGGCGGUGGACGUCCUGUGCUGCACGGCUUCCAUCAUGGGACUCUGCAUCAUCUCCAUUGACCGCUACAUCGGCGUGAGCUAUCCUCUGCGCUACCCCACCAUCGUCACCCAGAAGAGGGGCCUCAUGGCCCUGCUCUGCGUCUGGGCGCUCUCUUUGGUCAUCUCCAUCGGGCCCCUCUUCGGCUGGAGGCAGCCGGCCCCGGAGGACGAGACCAUCUGCCAGAUCAACGAGGAGCCGGGCUACGUGCUCUUCUCGGCUCUGGGCUCCUUCUACGUGCCACUGACCAUCAUCCUGGUCAUGUACUGCCGGGUCUAUGUGGUGGCCAAGAGGGAGAGCCGGGGCCUCAAGUCGGGCCUCAAGACCGACAAGUCAGACUCGGAGCAGGUGACACUCCGCAUCCAUCGCAAAAACGCCCAGGUAGGAGGCAGCGGGGUGACCAGCGCCAAGAACAAGACGCACUUCUCCGUGAGACUGCUCAAAUUUUCCCGCGAGAAGAAAGCGGCCAAAACGCUGGGCAUCGUGGUCGGCUGCUUCGUCCUCUGCUGGCUGCCUUUUUUCUUAGUGAUGCCUAUUGGGUCUUUCUUUCCUGAUUUCAGGCCCUCAGAAACCGUUUUUAAAAUAGCAUUUUGGCUCGGUUACCUAAACAGCUGCAUCAACCCCAUUAUAUACCCAUGCUCCAGUCAAGAGUUUAAAAAGGCCUUUCAGAAUGUCUUGAGAUUCCAGUGUCUGCGACGAAAGCAGUCCUCCAAACACACCCUGGGCUACACGCUGCAUGCACCCAGCCACGCCCUGGAGGGACAGCACAAGGACCUGGUUCGCAUUCCAGUGGGAUCUGCAGAGACCUUCUAUAAGAUCUCCAAGACGGAUGGGGUCUGUGAAUGGAAAAUUUUCUCUUCCCUACCCCGUGGAUCUGCCAGGAUGGCGGUGGCCAGAGACCCAUCAGCCUGCACCACUGCCCGGGUGAGAAGUAAAAGCUUUUUGCAAGUGUGCUGUUGUCUGGGGCCUUCAACCCCCAGUCGUGGAGAGAAUCAUCAGAUUCCAACCAUUAAGAUCCACACCAUCUCCCUCAGCGAAAAUGGGGAGGAAGUCUAAAGAACAGGAAAGGUCAGAAGGGUGGGAGGGUGAUCCUAGGCACCCGCUCUCCACUUCCUUCUGGAAGGCCAGCUCACGUUCCAUGGAUGCUGAGACACAGCCAGUAAACCAGGGACCAUCUGGGAAUGGGCUGGGGAGGAGAGCUGACUCUGGGACAGAGGUAGGGCUUAGAGACAAGGGAGGAUGUUAUACCGCCAUCCAGCUCACUAUGAUGGGAAACAGCAUUUCCUUGAGGCUAAUGCUCUCCGGGUCAUUUUCUGAGCCUGCUUUCUAUGCCUGCCCCUUUCAACGACAAACACCAUGGGAAACAGAAUUUCAUACACAAUCCAAAAGAUGAUAAAUAUAGGAUUAUGAUUUCAUCAUGAAUAUUUUGAGCAUACACUCUAAGUUUGGAGCUAUUUCUUGAUGGAGUGAGGGGAUUUUAUUUCCAGGCUAAACUUGUGAAAGCCACAUUGGAUUUUUAUGGGGAGAAGGCCUGGAGAGGAAGAGCCUUAAGAUGAUGGCCAAUAUCCAGACGCAUUAUUUUUAGAGGAAGUUUUACAGUCCACCCUUUCUCAGCUUGGGUGAAACUUGACAGUGAGAUUUUAUUUACCUUUUGCUGCUGCUUGACAGGAUACUGCUCCCAAUUCCCUAAGGGUGAGGGUGAGGGACACUCAUGGGUCUAGAGAGUGUUGAAAGAACCAGUUGGGAAAAUGAUGGCUUUUCCUAAUGGAAGACAGUAAGGAUGAGAGUCAGUUCUUCAACUGACAAUUCUAUGGACAGAAUUCCAUUAAGUGGUUCCAAGAUCAGCUGGAGGAAGGCUUCUUGUGUAACAUAUUUAAAGAUUAAGAGUUUGGGGUCGGCUGGGUGCUACUUUCAAGCUAAGACAGAGGCUGCAAAAGUACUCCACAGCCUUUUCAACAAGGCCUAGAAAGGCUUUUCUUGGCAAAUCACUUACUUUUUCCAGAAUUCCAUUAUGAAAAUCCAGGGCAUAUAAUAUUUUGAAUGGCAUAUCACCACUGCCAUUCUUUCUCAGCUGCCUCACUACUACAUGAUGAGUGAGGUCCAUGGUCCCCAGGGCACACGGGACAUGCCAGAAUAAGCCUGAUGAUUCAAGUACCUCCUUCCUGAACUCUGAAAGAUACACGUAGGAAGAUGCUUUCUGGUCACUUUAAGCCCAUCAAAAGCAGAAGUUUGCAAAUUGUUUUUGACAGAAGCCUAUUUAUGCUGAGAAAAGAUCCAGUCGCCCAUUUAUUGAACCUAUUCCCACUUUUUACAAGAACUUGGAGGGGGGGAGUGAUUUUUUGCUUUCUGUAUAUCAAAGUUUGGUAAACCUCAAGAAUUCAAUAUAUUACAAAGAUACAGAUGGUGACUAUCUGUAAAAACUAAAAUAUUUUCACAUUCCACAAUAGGAAUUUAAAAGAAGAUUUAUGUUUUUGAAAUAAUGCUUGACUAGAAUCACUGGUCUGUAACUUCUAACCAUUUCUAUGGUCUAUUUCCCCUAUUUGGGAUAAUUCCCUCUAAGAAUUUAAAAACAGAUUAUUGCCAUUUUUAAUUUUUCAUUUAUUUAUUUUCACCACCUCGCAUGGCUUGCAAGAUCUUAGUUUCCUGACCAGGGAUGAACUCAGAUCCUUGGCAGUGAGUGUGCAGAGUCUUAACCACUGGACCACCAGGGAAUUUCCUAUUACAGACAUUAUUUAACCGUCACUGCAAAGGUAGUGGCACCAUCAUCUUUUCCUUCUUUCCUUGCAGCCAAGUGAUAAUUUCCUGAAAUCCUUCUAAAAGGCUAAUUUGUUUGCAUACUGCCAUGGAAGCUAUGUUCGCACAUCGGUUGGAGUUUGGUUGUUUGUUGUGUUUUGACAUAGAAUGUUACUGCUUUCUCAGUCCUUUCUGGAAAGUGCCUCAUUGUUGUCCAGUUAGACACUCUGCCUUUUGCUUGUAACUUGGACUCUGGCAGUAGAUGCUUGGGGAUUUCUAGACUCUUCUGGUCUGUUUGCACAUCUUGCGAUGGCUCUUCCAGAUGUGGGUGUCAUAUUGUGCAUGGAGGCACGCGAGAAGGACAUGACUACAUAAACCUUGCUUCAGUUUCAUUGUUGAGAAUAACUUCUUUUAGGAUCUGAUUUUUUAAAACUACUUAUACCAGGCUCACCCUUACAGGAAGAACAACCCCAUGAAAAGAAGGGUAACAGUUUUUCUUCACCAGAAUAUGACUCCAUGUUUGAGCUGGUCUUUAAAUACCUCUAGAGACAAAUUUAAAUUUUAAAUACUAAAAAGCUUAGGAUCACCAGAGAACUAGCUUUAAUGCCACUUCUAAUCAAAGACAACAAUUUGAAAACCUUCCAGUCAUCAGAUAAAAUCCAUGACAAUUGUAUUCAUGUAAAACUAUCCAUAAAUAAUUGUCUGCUACACACUUCUCCAUCCCCAGGCCCUCCAGGGAGGCAAACUUUAACAUUUUUUUCCUUUCCCAUGACUUGACAUUAGGUAGAAACACACCAGUUUUACGAAAAAUUGAUAAUGUCACCCAAGACUUAGUCAAAGCGGGAUAAACAAUACACAAGUUAUUUUUUUACUCAUCCACAAAAAUCUCUGUACCUUGGAGCAUGCCAAAAACUCUCUAAAAUUGUCACAGUUAAACAAAUGAUCGUCAUAUUUAUACUCACAUGUUUACUGCUUCUAUUUGGAGUUUGAAGAAUGUACCCAGAGUAACAGUGAUCAAAAUAUCUUCUCUAAUGUGUUAUAAAAAGCAGUUGCUUUUGGGAUUGUCUGAACAUCAGCAAAAAAUCAACUUGACAUUAUGGGAUAGGUGAAACUUGAGUUUCUUCUGCAAUUCAAAUCGCGUGCAUUAAGAGAGACCUUGAAUCUCUUUAUUCAGGAAUUUCCCCAGACCUUUGCAAGGAUUUCAGAAAAGUUUACUUGUUAACGCUUUCUUCAUUUUACCUCCCAUAAGGGAGGUCUCAGCCAACACUGCUUCUGCCUAUAAUCACCUGGGGUCUGCUAACACUCUCCAAAAGGCUUCUAAUGCUCUUGCCAGCUGCUUGGAUUGGUCCCUCCACAGUGGACAGUGUUAUUUGGGUAAAUAAAUAUUUUCUUAAGGUUUUCUUCUUAGGUGUUACUAUGUGCCAAGCGUUGGCAGAACAUUUCACAUCCAUAGUCUCUAAAUGUCAUAGCAGUUCUACUGUUCUUACUUGAGAGCCAAGAAAUUUGAUAGUUAAAUGUGAUGAAUGAUUCACCCAAGGCCAAGGAGGAACCAUGAUUUGAUCUUGGGUCUUCCAAACCCUAAUGUCUACAUGUUUUCCACCAACACCUCAGCCUCCUAAGUAGUAAAAGUCGAAGCCCCCAAACUGGAGUUGGAUAUGCUGAUGACACUAAACCAUUUUUGUCAUUGUUAUUGUUCAGUUGCUAAGUCAUAUAUGACUCUUUGUGACCCCAUGGACUGGCCUACUAGGCUCCUUUGUCCAUGGGAUUUCCCAGGCAAGAAUACUGGAGUGAGUUGCCAU